UUUUUUACAUCUUUUUUUAUAGGAGAUUGAAUUGCUUCCCCCAUCGUUGCUUAACACUUCGAGUGCUCGUCAAGUGUCAGAAUGGUACAGGAGAUCCUUUCAGGAAUUGCUUUGUUUUGAAAGUUCAAAAGGGGACGAUCAGGAUAUAUUUAAGUGUGAAGCGAUCUCCUAAUAACGGGGUACUACAAUUAUUGUUGCAGAUUCAACGAUCAGCUCCAAGUCAUUUUGAAACGACACAGCAAUGUUGUGCAGGUUUGUUUAAAUGCCAAAAAUAUAUUUUCGGACCUGAGGGGUUUUUACUAACUUUUUUAGUCUGACAAGACAAGUGACAAAAUUCUUGCCAGAAUUUCUUAUAAAAUUCACUUUUCGAUUAAGAUUUUUAUUAAAAUUUCUCUUCCUUUUGGGGUUUCCAUUUGAAAUUCUGGCAAUUGUCCUAAUCAGCUUAUUUUUGAAAAUUACCCCCAAGUUUUCCAAAAAAAGUUUAUUACCUUUUUUCCAAUCAAAAAGACAAUGGCAGAGGGUUUAAUAGAACUAAAAUCAUCUGGUGGUGUAGACAUUGGAAGUGAACAAAGCAUUCAAUAUUUCCUUGAUCGCUUCUAUUUGAAUCGAAUCUCCAUUCGAAUGCUUCAAUAUCAACAUUUGGUUGUUUUUGGCUCAGUUUUACCAGAAUCUCCUAACCAUGUUGGAUGUAUAGAUCCAGUUUGUGAUGUAACUUCCGUUGUUCAAGAUGCCUAUGAAAAUGCUCGAUUUCUCUGUGAUCGUUAUUAUUUGAAUGCACCACAAUUGGAAUUGGAUUGUUUAAACGCCCUUUCGCCGGGUAAAAAAUUGUCUGUAGUAAUUGUGCCGUCACAUCUUUACCACAUUAUGUUUGAAUUAUUUAAGAAUGCAAUGCGUGCAACGGUGGAACACGUUGGAAUGGAUGAGGAUUUACCUCCUAUAAAAGUUAGAGUAGUGCGAGGUAAUGAAGAUCUCUCAAUAAAGUUAAGCGAUAAAGGUGGUGGAGUCCCUAGAAGUAUUAUAAGUCGAUUAUUCGAUUAUAUGUAUAGCACAGCACCACCCCCUCCAAGAGAUGGAAGUCAAGCACCUCUUGCUGGUUAUGGGUAUGGAUUGCCUUUGUCUAGGCUUUAUGCACGAUAUUUUCAUGGAGAUAUGUUUCUCGUUUCGAUGGAAGGAUAUGGAACUGACGGUUUUUUACUUAAAACAUUAUAAAUAACAAGGGAGAAAAUAUUAAUAUAGGAAUUCAGAAAACAAAUUUUUUGAGGAGAAUUGAGAAAAUGACUUUCAUUCGUGUUUUGUCGUAGGUUAAAGCCACCACUCGAUCGAAACUUAUGGAAUUUUUUAGUCCCGGUUUCUGCUAAAUUCUUGGGAUCUGUGGAACUAAUUAUCAUUCUAAUCUUUUGGCUUCGUCCUUCUGUUUACUUUUCCAUUUUUAGCUUGUGUCUAUCUAAAAGCAGUUUCUGUAGAAGCACAAGAAGUACUUCCCAUCUUUUCGGCAUCUUCUAAACAGCAAUUGACACGUGGACCUUUAAUUGGUGAUUGGACGGGUACAACACAUCACCAUUUUGG